AUGACAAACGGCUUCCAGCUGUAUUCGAGUUCUGGCGCCAUCCGUCACAUCCCCGGGCAGCUCGAGCUCAUAGACAACGGGAUAUCGUCAGCUUCGGACUCCGACACAUGGGAGAAAGAAGCCAGCACUGCGACCCCUACUGCGUCUGUAGUGCGGGAACCGGCAGAUAAACCAUGUAAACCGACUCUGACUACCGCUUCGCGGGGGAAGGGUACCCUCAAACCGUCACCCGUGAGGGUAGCGCUCCGGAGGUACGCCGUCACGAAGUCGGAGACGCUUCAACACCUAUACGAGCACUGGUAUCCCUUGUUGACGGCCAGAUGGCCCCAAAACGUCCAAGGUGCCGCCAAUGCGCUGGCUGAGUGCAAUUCACUGAUCGGCAUCCAGCGGAGAUGGCUCAGCAACUACGAAUGCGCUUUGAUGUUCCGCCACUUCGCCAACGAUGCAUCUCCUGAUCCGGAACGGUUACGAUGCAUGCUUGGGCUCCUGUUGCGGUGGUGGUUUUGCGGCAAGUUCGCCGUACACCUCGCGCAGUUCCCUCAUCUUGGCAACGAAGCAGUUCUAGUUAACGCCGCCUACGGAAUGCUGUCUUCACCCUGGACUCAAGCCAGGUUGGUGUUGCAGUUGCUGGACGGGCACGACAGCAUUGGGGAGCUUCUGCACGGCGUUCUCAUACACCCACCGGAAGCUCAUGGCACCGAUCACGCAAUAGACGCCGCCAGUUGUAACUCGCUGCUGCUCAAGGUGCUGCCAAUUCUUAAACGCGGCCUCCUCGAGCCCGAUCUUGGCCCUGCAUGUAGCAAGGCAACGCAGUUCAUCGAGGAAAUGGGCAGUACGGCCCUAGCGCUGCGCUUCGACCGAGGCUUCAAAAAUGAAAGGCUAGAUCUGAGGCCAGAGUGCAGGGAUGACGAUAAGGUGUCAUUGGUGGAGCAACUUUGGAGUGGCAUCUUGCGCUGCAACAUCGCCAGUCUGCAAGUUGGCCAGUCUCAGCGUUGCGACUGCCACGGCAGGAUGACCGGAAUUUUACUCAGCCUUAUGUCGCAUGCGACUUCGAUUGCCACCAAUGGUUCUACGAGGAAGAUGGAGGAGUGUCGCCAGCUUUCCACGCGAAGGCUGAUUGGUUACUUUGCCAAGUGGGUGGUUGCCAAGACAGGCAAUACGGAUGAUGAUGCUACAUUAGCAUCUCUACAGGGACACACAGAUGUGGAAGUUGUGGAUAAUUGUGCCGCCACAGGAUUGAAUGAAAACAACGGGCGUCUGAAACAAGAUGCCGCAUCGCAAUUUGAAGGAAGCGAUAGUAGCUGUGGCAACAAUGCCAUAGAUAACUGUAGCACCUUAAACCGAUCCGCCCGCUUACUUCUCAAUAGCGAAUUGGUUUAUGACUGUCUAAAGCGGGUGGAUGAGUGUGCAGGGAUGUGCGACGAUCUAGUAUUCAACAACGGCACGGCAUCAAUAAAAGAGGAACCAGAUGUGGACAAAUCAGAAAGAUCCGGAACGUCAAUUGGGCUAAAUACAGGUGAUACGUUCGUCUUGAAGGCUUUCGGUAAUAUAUGGGAUCGUCGUAAUGCAAUAUCUGAUCCGGUAGACAGAGCGUGCAUUACCUUGUUGGCUGGCGCCAUUUUAAUGAUCGAAGACAGUCACCUGAAGGGCGAUGUUAUCCUUGACGAGGGAUACAGUAGGCCUCUGGUAGCUUCCAAACUAUCGCAAAUACACGGCGGGCAGGAAAUUGUUGAUAAGGUUCUGAACUGUCGCCGAUUUUACACCAUGAGACCCAGUGUCGAUAACAGCCGUGAACCUUCACAAUGGACAACGUUACGUGCGGAACAUCGGAUGUAUCCCGUAGAUUCUACGGGAUUUGUUGAUAAUGAACAACCUCCACUGUUGCAUUAUUUUGGAGAUGUGCACAGAGCACUAUGUGAAGCGGCAGGGGUUUGCCCCAACAAUGCACGCUUCAUCCCAGCGCUGAUGCUGCGCGACGGUUCUACAUCUUCAACUAGGAACCAUGCAGAGUUCAAGAUGUGUACGAAGGCAGCUUACCGCGCUUUAGAGGGGCUGUGGCAAGCACUGCAGCAGGGUGAGACGUGCUCUGCCAACAUAUCUUUGGAAGUGGGGGAUGCAGACUGCGGACGGUCUGUUUCAGCACCUGUGUAUGCUGUGGUGGCCCUGGUGUCACUUAUGGGAGGCACCGUGGUACUUCAAACAGGGGAUGCGCACGUUGGAAUAAUCAGGGUUGCAGUGAUACUGGGACGUGACAACGAUUUUGCACCAAAUGACUAUGGCGAAGACAUCACGUAUGACCAUAUCUUGAACCUGACACUCAGGCUGCUAUACACAGAUAUCGCAACUGAUGCUUCCAUGGCACUGGAUUACCACAGCAGCCAGCUCACGAUCUACCGUACACUCCUGGUGCACUAUCUUCGAAAGGCAUUGUUAAAACCAACAAGGCAGGCGUUCGACAUGGCCUUUACAGGCAAAAGGAGCGACAAUUUUGAUGCCAUAUUCAGGCGUAUAUUGCGGCUCACCUUUUUCCGCGUCCACAUAGCCCUCGUCGACCGACCCAAAUUCGAGAGUUUUCUCAGGACCCGCGUCGAAUACUCCGCGCCGAACGAUACUACAGAUAAUGAAGGGGACUUCCUGGAAGAAAUAAAUUCCGGGUACAUCGAAUUGGGCGGCGAUAAUAAUCGUCAGAAAGCCAGCUCCGACAGCGAUGUGGAGUUUGACAACGCCAUCGAUCACCGUAUAUUUGGGUUCCUCGAGUAUUCACGUACCCACCGAGUAUCACGCCGGAUGUGGAACCGCUUCAUCAAAAGCGAAUGCGGAGAUGCACAUGAAGAAAUGAAACCACGUUUAGGAUCUCUUGAUCGCGGUAUGCUGCGGGAACCCGGUGCGGCUAACUCUGCAGACAUUGGAUCAAGUAAAGGCAUGCCUGACACAACUUUGCUGUUCUUCGAGUCUGUGUUUGAGUUAUGUGGUCAGAUGCGAUUUUGCGUUGAUGAAGAUCAGCUUUUCCGGCACAACAAGGUCGACAGGUUGCUGUACCAGCUGUUCCUACAUAUAUGUCAUAUCGACAAGGGAGCCAAUAUCCAGCGCAACUACGAGACCAAUGUUCUCUGCAAGAUAAAACAAGUACACGAAACUGACGAGUACGGUGAAGUUGAUAGUGAACGAUCAAGCUUAGAUAGCCUUACCUGGGAGGAGCAAGGUGGCCUAGACAUGACUUCAGGUGGACCGACUGCCGGUGAACAACCGGCGGAAGAAGAAAAAGGAGGUGGAUACGUCAAUCUCGAUGUGUUAUUCCUCGGCAGGCAAAAGUUUACCAAGCGCAGCUACUACGUGCUCAGCCGCCUGGCCAUCGAGUCGCUAGUGCGUUGGUUGUCGCCAGAGUCCGCGGCAUCUGCUGUUUGCCGCUGGGCAUCCAGUGUCCCGAUCGACACCACAAGCCGGGUUAAGGCGUACAAACCGGCCACAGCAAGUGCCAUUGUCACCAUGUUGUCUCUCAGCAUGCUCUGCCACGUGGCAUUGCCGAGCGCAGAGGAGUUGCCGCUGCAAAAAGUGGAAUCGCUCGUCUCUGCGGCAAACGUCUGUUUUGUCAAUCUAACUGUGUCGUUUACAGCAGCUGCAACAAUUCCGGAUGCAGUAGAAGUUCUUUGCACGGAUGAGGAAGAAGACAGCGAACACGGGGAUAUCUGCAGUGUUUCCCAUAGCGGAGCUGAAGAUGUCGAACACACCGGAAGUAACAUCAAAAUCAAAGAGGAGCCAAAUGAAACAUUCGGCACCACCUCCAAAGGCAAAAGGGUAGAACGGACAAUACGUGUCAAACGUGAGCGCACCUCCAUCUCCGAUGAUCUCUGCCAGCACAGCGUGAACAAGCACCCGUGCGCUGACCUCGGGUCGACCGCGUCGACCGAUGACCAUUCUGUAACGUCGGAAUUCGCCGAAGGUGCUUGGUACAAAACUCGAUCUUACGUACCUGGUGGCCUGCAAUUGUGGAAAGAUCACAAGAUUCGCGAACACCGUGCUAGGCAGUUGCGUUUGAUGCGUUUACGAAAUAAUCUGCGUAAAAGUCUGAUUGAGGAAGGGGUGCAUCUGCUACAGAUCUGUGUGGUGUUCGUGCAUAUACUGGGGCACGUGGUGCUGCAGACGGCCGACUGCCUCCUAGAUCCUCAGAAUGGGUAUGUUACUACGAGUAACACCGCGGGCGCGAUCCAGGAUAGAGUUCACUCCGACGCCGAAGGAGAAAUACACGAUAGUAAUGAUACGUCUGGAAACGAUGCGCCAUCCUCUAACAACACAAAUGUUCCUGUGAUGGAGGAAGGGGCAGUGGCAUGCCCCCCCGACAUGCCCAGCUUAUCGCUAACGAGCUUUACUUCUGCGGAGGACGGCUGGGUGACUCCCCCUUGUGGAAAUCGGCGUUCACCUUCGACAAGUCCGAAAAAUGUGGCUUCGGAAAGUCGACCAGAUGCCGAGAACACCGAGUGCAGUGAAGGGCAACAGAGCAAUUGUGGCGCCGGUGAUGAACGAACAGCGCAGCAAGUUUCACAUAGGACUGAUUUCAUGAGUAAUGAGGCUGGUUUACCUUUGAAUCCCAAGGGUACAAUGCAACCGAUUGUUGAGACUGAAGGUGACUCUUUGGUGUCGGGCGAUGCCCGUGAUCCGGCUCGUGGUAAUGGGUCUUAUAAAAAGGAUUCUGUUGCCAGUGAUUCUGCAUUUCAGAACCCCAAUCUUAAUGAAUCAAGUGUAGAGUCGCAACAAGCCGGUCGUGAAUGCCGAGAGGAACAGUCUUUCCAACACAGCCCCGAUAUCAAUGCAGUGGACUAUCUGGAUAACAUUGACACAAAUGCUUCGCAUGAAAUAUGCCUGUCGACAGACCCGAAAAUGAGGUCUAAAUUUGAUUGCGUUAUGCAAUUCUUGGGGUUAGCCUGCAACACUUUGGACUCUUUGUUCGGUGCCUGCAGCACCGUAAGCCGAUGCUGCGUCGGGGACGACCUCGACGUCGCUAUAUGGGACAAUGACCGCAUGAUGAAAGCCGCUGAAGAGGAGCUGGAACUACUUUUGCACGAGAUAAGUUUCCUCCGAGACCAGGUUGAGGCCCACAUUGCGCCAUUGCAGGAGAUGCACGCGGAGGCGACGUUAACCGACGAAUACCCCUCUGCUCAGGAUCCCGGGGCCGGACGUCACCUGAAGUAUCCACGCACCGAGGUGAAUUCAGACGAUGACGAGGCAGGCCUGGAAAGCGAGGGCGGUUCCUCCGACGUUGACUGUAGUGGUGCCGAGGACGACGACGAUGACCUUGGGUCGUUCGUGGACUUCGAGACCGACAAACAUCUGGGAAUGGUUACGUUCAGACGCUCAAAUAAACGUACAAAAGCGUCCUCCCGUCUGCGUGAUGUAAUCUUGCGUUCGGAGUGGAACUGUUUGAUAAAGAGCUACCUUGCGUAA